ACGGAUCCCAAUUUUCUUCUUCUGCUUCGUGUCUUGUGAAUCUGUCCUGCUUGCUUUCAUGAGUUACCUAGGUCGCGAAAAGUCUGACGGUAGCCAUAUCUUCGUGCGCACCUGCGCAAACCGAUCACUUCACUCAGUUGAUCCUGCCCAAUUAUGCCGCAGACGAACAAUUCGCUUGGCGCGAUCAUGCUGGGCAAUCAUUCAUCAUAUGAAAAUGCGGAUGAGCCGGCUCGGGCUGAGUACUCGUGCAUGUUCUGCAAGAAGAGAAAGGUGAAAUGUGAUCGAACGUUGCCGUCUUGCUCGAUAUGUCGAAAGACGCAGCAAGAAUGCCAAUAUCCCUCAGACGGAGGUAAACCUGGGCCAAAGCUUGGUACUACGCGACGGAAAAGGCCCAGAGCCGGCUCAGUCGACAAGCAGUCCAGUCGGAAAUCUACCCAGGAGUGCUUUACUGCUCUCGCGUCACACGAGCGCGGAGCCUCCAAUGUGGAAGCAGUCACGAAUGCCACUCUGCUGCCAAGUGUUGCAAAUGCAGAUAACGAGCCUGGUGCUGCUGCCCAAAGCCCAAGUCAAAAACCCUAUGAGAGCUACCCACUUACUCCUGCCACAACACCACUCGACGUACGCACCUUGGCUUAUAUCAUGCAUCCUUCUCACGAUACCGCUGCAAUUUCUCCGCUACUAAAAGAUUUCGAUGGGCCAACGCACGGUACAGCAAGGUGGGACGUCGGCUCUGGCACUGGUAACAAGAUAGCCCAGGCCUGUACUCUACUAGGGAUUUCGAGACAGUCCCUUCAGCCAUAUCUCAACCUCUACUUUGAUAACAUGACCGCAUUCUCGCUGUUUCACCAGCCUUCAUUUGGGGAAACGUUGCGAAACAUUGGUUCUGUAACUCAACUGGCGGCACUGCUCGCUUCCAUGCUUGCAUUCUCCGCACGAUUCAGAUCAAGCACCGAAGAGUGUGUCCAGGCAGGGCAACCCGACAGCCUGAAUGACAUGCUCGGACGGCCACUUCCUCCAUUAUAUUUCGAGAAUUUAUCGCAAUUGUGCGUUGAUAAGGCGCUGGAGGAGUAUUCGGAUAGCACCCCGUCUCUGCCUGUGCUACAAGCCUUGGUGCUGCUCACCUUUCAACAACUGAUCAAAGGCGCUCGCGGAAGUGCUUGGCGGCGACUGGGUGUCUGCAUUCGCGUCGCAUACGAGCUCAAUCUCCAUCACGUUGACCGAUAUAACACCCCGGAGGAGGAUGACCCCCAAAUAUGGUGUAAGAUUGAGGAGCGGCGACGUGCCUGGUGGGCAAUUUGGGAAAUGGAUGUUUUUGCCAGUAUGAUCAAACGCUGUCCCAUUACCAUUGACUGGACCGACCAGGAGACACGAUUUCCGGUGCCGGAUGAUGACUGGUACCAAUUACGUUUCAGCUCCAGCUGCUUUCUUGAAUUGAAACCAAUGGAUCGGUUGAAAGCGCUGCAACAAUGUGGCACGCAAAGCCCGAAAUCUUGGUUCAUCGUGUUGGAUUCUCUCAUGCGGGACGGUCACACCCUUUCCAAGUUCAGAAGCCCUCGGCCUGGAAUAGGCAAACCAGGUUCAUCACGCAGCACGUGGAGAACUCCUGACAAGGACAAUAGUGAGACACUGGCUAUUCUGAACAACACAUUGCGUUGUUUCUGCAUGGCUUUGCCCAAAAGUCUACGCCAACCAGGUGGAUCGAUGGCCUUUACUUCCACUGAUCCGGCUGCAGUGGUUGCAACCAGACGGCUCCAGAGCGCGCAGUACAGCAUUCACGUCACGAUCCAACUCACGCGCAUGAUGCUUCACCAUCAAGAUGCGUACUACGGCGCCCAGCAAGAUUUACAGCUUACUGACUCGAGGUUUGCCCAAGAACAAGAACGACGAGCGGCAAUCGAGAAUCAGUCGUUGAGUCUUCAUCUAGGUCCAACGAGAAAAGGCCUCCAGCAAUUCAUCGAGGCAGCUGAUGAGCUGCUUCGGAUCGUGUCGUGCAGCUCUGAAGACCAUGUUCGAUAUGUAAAUCCUUUCCUUGCAAGCAUCAUUUGGUAUGGUGCAGUGGUACAUCUUGGAUGGAAGAUCCUUGCACCACCAAGCACGAAUUUAGACUGGGUCGAGUCCAAGUUCGCGGUCAUGCACAUGAUAUUGGGCAAAUUUGCAGAAUUCUGGGAUUUGCCUCGUGCACUGCAAGAAAAUCUUGCGUCGGUAGAGGAGAAAUUAAGCCUGUUUACCAGACCGCAAACUCGCAAGCUAUCGCGCGGUUGGGCGGCCGUGGAUGGGCACAGCAGUAAGCCUGCAACUGGUGCCAAACGGUCGGCAGGUUCUCAAGAAUCAUCCAGCGAAGACAGUUCGAUGGGGCGUCGUGCAGCGGCAGAGUCUUUCCCAACGGGUCGACAUGGUUCUCAGCCACUACAAUCCUCAUCAAAAGAAAAUCCCAGUAUCGCAGAGCCAGAUCCCAAAGACCGGACGCCGUUUGACUUCGACCCGCUUGAUGGGAGAGACUCGGGCGUUUGCAGCAACGACUACGUUCAGGGCGGAGAGCAAGCCUUCGAACCGGGCCUUGUACCAACUCUCGGUGGCGAUAUGCUUGUCAAAGACAGCAGCUUUGACAAUGGUGAGUUCCUGUUCGACGAAUCCUGUUUGAUGGAUAUGGAUAUAGUUACCUCAAACGGGACAUCUGCUUCUGUGGCACGAGAAAACAACCCCCUUCGGCCCGGGCUAUGGGACGAUUUGCAAUGGGACAUGAAUUCCGCAACCGACCCAGGAAGACUUCUACUAAACAUCAUGGACUAUAAUUAGGACUCAUUCGGAUUUGAAGUACUGCUGGUAGCGAAAGGUUGUUAUACUUUGUACCCUGGAAGGUUAUCAAGCUUCACAUAAAUAUCCCCAAAUGCCAAUGGUUCUGCCGUUA